UUUUUUUUAUCUGAGUCAUGUAGCUAAGCCGUAGGCUACCGGUCGGCCUAAGUUAUUGUCGCCAAAAAAUAUACAUAUUUUAGAGAAUUAGAAAAAAUACUGAGAUAUUAAAUUAAUAAUUAAUCUGAAAAACCUCUUCUCCUUGCUUCUGGUAUUGACUACAUCCGCGGUGGUUCCAUUCACGGUGGUUUGUGAUGGCAAUACGCCGAACUUCACGGAGAGUUUUCAGUUCUUUUUACCGGAGAAGCAUUUCUUCGUGUUCUUCUUCUACUGGUAGUAAAGCUCUUCCACCUCCUCCUGUUGUUUCUUCCCGACGAGUAGUUGUCACUGGUUUGGGAAUGGUGACACCUCUUGGCUGUGGAGUUGAUAAAACAUGGAAGCAACUGAUUGAUGGGAAAUGUGGGGUAAGAGCAUUAUGUUUGGAGGAUCUCAAGAUGAAUGCUUUUGAUACAUUAACACAGCUGAGUACGUUUGAUCAGUUGACUUCUAAAGUUGCUGCAAUUGUUCCCACUGGAACCAACCCGGGGGAAUUUAAUCAAGAAAUUUGGCUUAAUUCUAAGGACCAUCGAUCAAUGACAAGGUUUAUAGCAUAUGCACUAUGUGCUGCUGACGAAGCUCUUAAAGAUUCUAAUUGGUUUCCCACUAAGCAAAAACACAAGGAAAGAACGGGGGUGUCUAUUGGUGGGGGAACUGGAAGCGUUAGUGACAUCUUAGACUCUGCACGACUGAUAUGUGAGAAGCGUCUUCGUCGCCUUAGUCCAUUUUUUAUCCCACGAAUACUGAUCAACAUGGCAUCAGGUCACGUUAGCAUGAAAUAUGGGUUCCAGGGUCCAAAUCAUGCUGCAGUCACUGCUUGUGCUACUGGAACACAUUCUAUUGGUGAUGCAAUGAGAAUGAUUCAAUUUGGGGAUGCAGAUGUUAUGGUGACUGGAGGCACAGAGUCCAGCAUUGAUGCAUUAUCAAUUGCAGGGUUCUGCAGGUCUCGAGCCUUGAGUACAAAAUAUAACUCAAGCCCACUGGAAGCAUCACGACCCUUUGAUAGUGGUCGAGAUGGGUUUGUGAUAGGGGAAGGUUCUGGAGUCUUGGUCUUGGAGGAACUUGAGCAUGCUAAAAGUCGAGGAGCCAAAAUCUAUGCAGAGAUUCGCGGCUAUGGGAUGUCAGGGGAUGCAUAUCAUAUUACUCAACCCCCUAGUGACGGGAGAGGUGCCAUUCUGGCCAUGACUCGUGCUUUAAGACAGUCAGGUCUUCAUCCUUCUGAUGUUGAUUACAUAAAUGCGCAUGCUACAUCUACACCUUUGGGUGAUGCAAUAGAAGCUAAUGCUAUCAAAACCAUAUUCUCUGACCAUGCUUGCUCGUCUGCUUUAGCCUUCUCCUCAACCAAGGGGGCUAUUGGCCAUCUCCUAGGCGCUGCUGGAGCUGUUGAAGCAAUUUUUUCUGUUUUGGCAAUACAACAUGGAGUUGCUCCAUUAACUCUUAAUUUAACAAAUCCAGAUUCUGUAUUUGGUGAUGGUUUCAUGCCAUUAACUGCUUCAAAGGAGAUGCCGAUUAGAGUAGCUAUGUCAAACUCUUUCGGUUUUGGAGGAACAAAUGCCUCCCUACUUUUUGCGUACUCUGGAUCAGACUAGUAAGCUAGUUGCAUCUCAUAUCAUUGGCAUUAUUCUACUAGAGCUGAUUGCAUCAUGCAGAGGAGAGUUUGGUGGCCUAGAUCUCUCUGUAUAAUUUAUAUGCCUGAAGUAGGUGCUUUUCCAUACAUCUAACACUGCUCCAUCGCUUUUGCUCAGCACUUUUUCAAUAUGAUUAGAUUUUAAAAUCAUUUGAAACCCUCUUAGGAUUAUUCUAAUUGCACUUUGGGGCCAUCUGGCCAUGAUUUAUGAUGCAGUUCUAAAUAUCUCAGGAUGGUUGAGUCGAAGUGCUAAAAAAAUUUGUUUUGCAAUUUUGCUCUGAUUGAAAUGAAAAAAAAAAAUUUAUAAAAAAAACCAUUAUUGUUUGAUGUAUAUAAUAUUUGAAUCUCAAUUUAGAAGUUUCAGUUA